AUGGCUGAGCUGGAGAAGACCAUGCCGACCCCGGAGGCCGUCGGCGUCCCAACUCGCGACUCGAUCGAGAACCCGGAGAAGGCCGACGUCUUGCCGCAAGAAGACGUGAUCGUCGACCUCUUCUCGCCCCUGCCGCCGCUCGAGGGCGUCCCAGAGGAGCCCAUGCCUCUGACCGUGCGGGCCCUCGUCGUCGGGAUCAUUCUCGGAUCGCUGGUCAACGCGUCCAAUGUCUACCUGGGUCUCAAGACGGGCUUCACGUUUGGCGCGUCCAUGAUGGGUGCCGUCUUCGGCUUCGGGGCCAUCAAGAUCCUGCAGAAGAUCGCGCCCGGCGUCCCCUUCCUCGGGCUCGAGAAGUUCGGCCCGCAGGAGAACAGCAUCAUACAGGCCGCGGCCACUGGCGCCGGCGGCAUGACAGGCCUCUUUGUUGCUGCGCUCCCGGCCAUGUAUCGCCUGGGACUCCUCUCUGAAGACCCGCGCGAUGACUUCCGACGCAUUUUGACCCUUACGCUCGUCUGCUCGACUUUCGGCCUCUUCUUCGCGGUGCCGCUGCGCAAGUUCUUCAUCAUCAAUGUCUCGAGGGAGCUGCGCUUGAUCUUCCCGUCGCCCACCGCUACUGCCGUUGCGAUCCGUUCAAUGCAUGCUGUCGGCACGGGGGCCACUGAGGCCAUGAAGAAGAUCAAAGCGCUUGGCCUUGCCUUUGGUAUUGCCCUCGUCCAGCGCGUGGCAUCGUACUAUGCUACCGGCAUCCUGUAUGAUUGGCACGUCUUCACUUGGUUCUAUAUCUGGGGUAACUACAACAACUGGGCCAUCAAUAUUGAGAACUGGGGUUGGAUGAUCGAGUGGACACCUGCCUUCUUGGGGUCUGGUAUGCUCGUUGGUCUCAACACAGCUAUUAGCAUGUUUUCUGGCACAUUCCUCGCCUGGGGCUUCAUGGGCCCCAUCCUUGUCCACUAUGGAAUCUGCAUCGGCAAGGCGUACGAUGAGGAGGAUCCAAAGUGGGGCGGAUAUGUCUCAUUCUACUCCAUGUCCGGUAUCAACGACCCAGACUACAUCCCAUCCCCACGAUACUGGUUCCUGUGGCCGGGCGUAAUGGUGCUCGUAUGCUAUACAGGCACCGUGAACGAGCUCGUAGCCAGCCGGCGCCAGGCCCGUGGGGUUCCCUUCCUCGAGAGGCAGUCGCGCAACAAGGACGACAACCGCGGCCUGGUCGAGGACUUCGCGACGCCGGAGCAGCAGGUCAGCACGUGGGUGUGGAUGCUCGGCACCGUCGUCGUCGUGGUCAUGACCUGCAUCAUCGGCGAGCUCCACAUCCACGGCGCCGGCGUCACGGACAUCGCCCCGCUGACCGCCAGCGCCAAGGCCUCCCAGCUCGUCUUUGGCGGCAUCACCAGCGGGCAGGGGCUCGGCAUCAAGACCGCCCAGGCCACGAACCUCGUCGCCGGUGGUAUCGCGUCUGGUGCUGCGGAUAUGUCGGCUUCACUGGUCAGCGACUUCCGCGUGGGGUUCCUCCUCAGGACGCCGCCGAAUCUGCAGUUCUGGGCUCAGGGCCUUGGGACUGUUGUUGCUAUGUUCUUGGCACCAGGAAUCUUCGUUCUAUUCAUGGCUGCGUAUCCCUGCGUAUUGCAGCCCGACUUAUACGACCAUUGUCCAUUUUCCGCCCCAAGUGUGACUGCCUGGCAAGCUGUCGCAGAAGCAGUCACGAACCCCCAGGUGCCUAUCCCACUCAGCUCAGGUAUCUUCGCCCUUGUGCUGGGCGGCGUCUGUAUCGCACAGGUCGUCCUCAAGAACUUCUUCCUUGUCGGUACACGCGAGAAGUACCGCCAGUGGCUGCCCAACUGGAUGGCCAUUGGGGUUGCCUUCGUCAUCCCGCAGACGUACUACAGCACCGCGACGCUGAUGGGCGCCAUCGUGAGCCACUUCUGGCAGAAGAAGAAACCAGCCAGCUUUGAGAGAUACUGCUUUGCCGUUGCCGCGGGUUUGAUCGCUGGUGAGGGCCUGGGUGGUGUUAUUGGGGCUGCUCUGCAGCUGGGCGGUGUCUCUGGUGAUGUCUAUGGCACUAUGGUUGGCUGCCCCAUGGAUUCGUGCUAA